UUAAGAGCAGGCGGCAGAGAGUCAUUCGCUUUUUGUCGUCGCUUCGAAUCGGUUGAUGUUUCUUCUUCAAUUUCCAUUUUGAAUUGAAUUGUGUUUAAAGAGGAAGUAAAGCGCACAUUGUUUAUUAACCGAAUGCGAGCCUGAAUCCCAGACUGAAGUGUCAUUUUGGGUGUGUUUUAAUUCAGAAAAGUGUCACCUUACUAGAAUUCUGGCAUGCAAGUCAUGAUCUUGGCUCACAGCCGGCACCUUGAUGACGCAUUUUUUAGCAAGCGCAGAUCCAUAUAAGCAAUAACAACGACAACGGCUGCUUACCUUUGUAUUUGUAUCUGUAUCUGUGUCUGUGUUACUGGGCAAAAGAUGCUCGUAAAAACGCUUGGCGCGCAUUUUGCAACCAAGCAAUUUGGAAAAAAAUGCAGCUGCUCCGCUCUGCUGAUUCGCCUACUUCCCCUUUUAUUCCUUAUUUUAAACCCAUUACCGGUAGCCAGUCAUGUCACUAGUGGGGGAUCACCGUCGGGAAUAUCAUCUGAUCCUCACUUAGUGCUGGUCAACAAAUGCUGCGAAAAGUUCGAGAUACACGUGGACAAUGAGUGCCAGCAGGUCAACGAAUCGGACUACUUUCAGCCGAUGUUCACCAGCUAUGGAGGGGAGAAAGACAUAUCCACUAAGUUCAAAUUCGUCAUCGGAAUUCCCAACUGUGGAUCCAUGCAGAUGUGGCCCAUAUACCACUAUACUGGGAGCUCUGAUAAGCUAGUCCUACUGGAAGAUGGCAAGCUAAGGCAUUAUACUAAUGCAGAAAAUGAGGAAGCUGAAAGUCAUGGAAUACAAUCCGAUUAUGAGGAGGAUAUUGCUGGCAGUCUCGAGCCAUUAUAUCACGAUUACGAUAAAGGAUUGUACUGCAUUGAUCGGGCGACCUCAAGUACUGGACAAGAGCAUGUUCUCUUCGCCAAGAUCUGCCUGGCCCGCAAGGAGAUAAAGUGGAGUGACUCUAACUUCUUGCUCCGAAAGAUCUUAAAUCCAAUAUUUCACGGCAUCUCACUUAUUAUCCUGCUGAUCAUCGCCAUUAUCUAUUUUAUACUUCCUACACUCAGCAGAGAUCUGGUGGGCAACAUUGUGACAACGAUAGCCAUUUGCCUGAUGGUUAGCCAGGCAGCGGAUCUGGUCCGAAUCUUUACCGAGCUGACCAGCCAUGUUAGCUUUAUUGUAGCGGACAUAAUCAUGUGCUUCAGCCUCCUGGCAGCCUUCUUUUGGCUGAAUAGUUUUGGUUUUUACAUUUGGAAAACCUUUCGUUCAAGAAACGUUUUCUUGCGAGUCACCGAUGGCAGAAAAUACUGCUAUUAUUCCGCGUAUGCCUGGGGAUGCACGGCCACGAUGGCUGCACUGGCCGUCUUUGCACAUUUCUUCCUGGAUGCAGACUCUUACAAGCAAGAGCAGAUGGUGGGUGAACAGGAGACAAUCGGCUGGCUAGGCAUUUGUAUAUUUUUUGCCCCAAUUGCCUGCACUAUUUUGGUGAACAUAUUUUUCUAUGUGACCACCAGGAAGCUAAUCAACCGCCGGACGGUUUAUGGCCGCAUUGCGCACAAACUGAAAGCUAAUUUCAUCAUGUUUUCGUUGAUGCUGUUAGUAAUGUCGAUAGCAUGGCUGUUUCUUAUAAUGUCCUGGCUUCAACUGGAAGGCUUGCUAUAUGCUCACAUUGUGGUUAAUGCGUUACAAUCACCGCUACUGCUCUACAUAUGUGUGCUACGCCAGCGACAUGUGACCUUUCUGUUAAAGAAGACCUGCUGCUACAAUGAACCACCGUCGGCGAACGACUGGGGUGAUGAGCUGCACUACAUGAAUGGCAAUGAUUACUGAGGGAGCCACCGUCCACAAUAAUUUAAGUGUUUUUGUAGUUUAGCAAUGUCCAACAUUGAGAUUUGUACUUAAAAUUAACUAAUUUAUGCUGUACGAGAUAGUAAUUAAAAAAAGUCUGACACAUACCUGCCCA